AUGAGUAGCAAUUCUGCAUGGGGCAAGCCUCUUCAAAUCAAUGAAACGUUGAGUAAGAAACCGGUGAACUCGGAAUCAAAACAUGUCGUGAAACCACCUGUAGAGAUGAGUUUGAGUGAUUUAAUUUCUGUAAAUUCAUCAUCAUCAACAACAGGUAACUCUUCGGAAAACCAAUCUACUACGACUGGAUUUUUAAAUUAUUCCAAAUAUGAGGAAGGAGAUGAAUCAACAACCUUGUCCUUCAGUAACGAAAGAAUUCUAGUACUGGAUGCAGGUGCUUUUAUUAAUUACAUGAAGAUUGAAAAACACGGAAGUAAAUUCUUUACAACACCUCAAGUAUUGAAUGAAAUCAAAGAUUCCCGAUCCAGACAUAUUCUGUACACACUUCCUUUUGAUAUUCAUGUUCGGGAACCAACCGAAGAUGAUAUCAAGACUGUUUCAACAUAUGCCAAAAAGACUGGUGAUUACGCUAAUUUAUCAGCUACCGAUAUCGGAGUGAUUGCAUUGACGUUAAUGAUAGAAAAGGAAAUGAAUGGAACAAAGAAUUUGAAGCCAGAACCCCCAACAUUGAGUAUUGCGAGUGGAAUUAAAUGCUCCACUCCUUUACCAUAUUCUGAAUUGAGAAACAAGAUGGAAGGAAAGGAACGCUCAUUAUCCACUCCACAAGAACCUGCGAGUGAAGGAGAAGCCCAAGCAGCAACCAAAGAAGAGUUCAAUGAAGAAGAAGUUGAUUCUGAAGAAAGCCAAGAUGAUGAUGACAAUGAGGGAGAAUGGAUCACCCCAGAAAAUAUCAAGGAAUACAGGGAAAGAACAAAUAAUUUGAAUAAGGAUACCUCAUGGUCGAGUAAUUCUGUCAAUCAUGACAAUCAUGACGAUACCUCCAAUGAACAAGACACAACCACAAAUCAUCACCAAGAAGAAACAGUGUCAGAAUCUCAACCAUCUUCUGACAGUGCCAGUACUUUUGAGGAAACAUCAACAAACCCAUCUGAAAAGUUUGGUGGUAUCAAAUACGUUGGAAAACUCUUCUCCACCGAGAAGGGAGUUGAACACAAAGUGGGUUGCAUGACAUCUGACUUUUCUGUACAACAUGUUUUGGCUCACAUGGGCCUUAAUUUAGUCUCUGUGGAUGGAUUUAAAAUCAAGUAUCUUUCACAAUGGGUCAAACGUUGUACAUGUUGCUUCACUAUUGUUCCAGAUGUUGAACGCAAAUAUUGUCCAAAUUGUGGACAUGACACAUUGAGAAGAAUUACAUGUGUUAUGGAUGAAGAUGGUACACUCAACUUUUACUACAAUCCAAAAGCUAAAAUCUCAUUAAGAGGAACAAUUUACACCAAUCCUAUCCCAAAAGGAGGCAAAUUUAACAAUGACCCUGUUUAUCGAGAGGAUCAACUUUAUGGCUACAACAAGAACAACAAUUCGAACAAAAAGUCCAACAAGAUUUUAAAUGCAAAACCAACAGACGAUUUUGAUCUAUACUCAAAAUCAGGUUUUAGCAAGCGAAGAAAUCCAAAACAAAACGUGAGACGAAGAAAAUAA